AUGGAUUUUCUCCGGCAUACAACAACUCGGGCAACCACUCGGGUUUUUGUCCUGGGGGAUUGCAAUGCUUCCGAGAUCGAACGGGAGAUGGAGUAUGCUCCAGUGGGCAGCUUCGGGGAUGAACAACUAGAUGUGAUGCACGGAUUGGCGCGCAUCCAGCACGUCACCAAUCCCACCCGAUGGCGACCGGGUAACUCUCCUAGCACCUUAAAUCUUGUGUUUCCCAAAAGAAGGAAUGACACCGGGAACACUGCUAUAGGUGCAGCGCUAGUCAAAUUGCGCCAACGCUAUGGGCGCAUGAAUAUUGAAUGUCUCCAGGCUGCGGCACAGACCGUGGUCUGGUCACAGGCAAACUAUGAGGUUGUAGAGUCGUGGGACUUGAUCAGGAAUAACAUGUUGACUCUCACUAAUAUUUUCGCACCCUGUGUCCCGUUAGGUCAAGGACCACCCCAUUCUGGUGGUCCAGUCGAAUGA